CGAGUCUGACGGCACGUCACGGGGCAGAAGAGCCCCACGGACACGAAAACGAAGUGCUCUCUCUUUCUUUCUCUCUCUCUACAUCUCUCUAUCUCUUUUUCUCUCUCUCUCUUUUACAGUGUAAUACUCUGUUUAUGGAGCAUUAAUCUGAGAGGAUUUACAGAAAAGCCCGGGAAUAAGCAGCCCAUUCACGCGGCGGCAGUUUUCCCGCGUCUUUUUUCAAACGCAGCACGCUCGCUGUUGUUGUUUUUUUAACUUAACGGUUUUAACCAACUCCAACAGCUUUACCAACACGGCGAGGAGAACUUUUCCCCUCAUACCCGCAGAGGAAAAGAGUGUAAAAGGAGGAAAAAGAGGAGUAAAGAGGGGGAGAGGGACGGGACCUUGACUGGGAGAUGGCCGUGAGGUGGUUGAGUCUGCUGGUUCUGCUGGUUCUUCAGACUGACAGUUCUCUACAGGCAGACGCUGAGGAGCGGCUGGUGGAGUUUCUGUUGGGUCCAGAGCGCUACAAUAAACUGAUUAGGCCCGCGGUCAAUAAGAGCCAGCAGGUCACCAUCGGCAUCAAAGUGUCCUUGGCUCAGCUCAUCAGUGUUAACGAACGGGAGCAGAUCAUGACGACUAACGUGUGGCUCACGCAGGAGUGGAACGACUACAGACUAGUGUGGGACCCAGAUGAAUAUGACGGCAUCAAAAAACUCAGAAUCCCCUCCCACCACAUCUGGCUGCCUGAUAUAGUCCUCUACAACAAUGCAGACGGCGUGUACGAGGUCUCCUUCUACAGCAAUGCCAUUGUCGCCAACACAGGUGACAUCUUCUGGCUCCCUCCAGCCAUCUACAGGAGCGCCUGUGCCAUCGAGGUUCGAAAUUUCCCCUUUGACCAGCAGAACUGCACGCUCAAGUUCCGCUCGUGGACAUACGACCGCACCGAGCUGGACCUCGUGCUGACCUCGGACUUCGCCAGCCGAGACGACUACACGCCCAGUGGUGAAUGGGACAUCGUCUCGCUGCCUGGCCGCAAGAACGAAGACCCCAACGAUCUUACAUACAUGGACGUGACGUACGACUUUGUCAUCAAGCGCAAGCCGCUCUUCUACACCAUCAACCUCAUCAUCCCCUGUGUGCUGAUCACCUCGCUGGCCAUCCUGGUGUUCUAUCUGCCGUCAGACUGUGGUGAGAAGGUGACACUUUGCAUCUCUGUUCUGCUUGCGCUCACUGUGUUUUUGUUGCUAAUUUCCAAGAUUGUACCUCCGACUUCACUGGCUGUUCCAUUGAUUGGGAAGUAUCUGAUGUUCACCAUGGUACUGGUCACUUUCUCCAUCGUCACAAGUGUCUGCGUCCUCAACGUACACCACCGCUCGCCGUCCACUCACCGCAUGCCCGAGUGGGUCAAGCGAGUCUUUCUGCGUCGGCUGCCUGUCUUUUUACUCAUGCGGCGGCCUGGAAGUUCCAACGUACGGGAAAAGUUCAGGAAGAAGCAUCAGCACAAGUCAUUUUCCAGCAGUCCACAGGACGGUGACACAUACGUCCUUGGUGAGGACCCUGGAAGAGCCUGGAGGUUGGGCGAGCUUCCAGAGGGGUCGGAGUUUAGGCAGAGGGUCAGGCUCAGACGUGACCCUGAAGUGGACGAGGCCAUUGAGGGUGUACGCUUCAUCGCCGAACACAUGAAGAUCGAAGAUGAUGAUGAAGGGAUCAUCGAGGACUGGAAGUACGUCGCGAUGGUGAUCGACCGCUUGUUCCUCUGGGUAUUUAUCCUGGUGUGUGUGACUGGAACUCUCGGCCUCUUCGUUCAGCCGCUGUUCCAAAGCUACAACACCCCCGUAGCGAAGGACGACUUCGGCGAUUUCUAAACAUCUGCCGGUUCACCUCGAGAGGAUGUACGAACACAUACCUGCAGCAAUAAAACCAAGGAUAUAAGUCAUAGACUGAGACUGAGAUCCAGUCUGAUGUUUGGUAGCAAAUCUCAAUAGUUUUGCAUUGUUUUCGAAAUAUGCAAAAGUAUGUGGUGUUGUAUUUAAGAUGAAAAACUAUGCUAAAACCUUUUUUAGUUGGAAUAAGCUGUGCAUUAUAAGUGACUACAAAUAGUUACAGUUCUAAAUAAACAACAUUAUGGCAUUA